AAACCCUAAUCAAUCCCCUACACUCUUCACUACUGUCUUUUCCUCCUCCUUCUACUUAUACUUCAGAUGAGUACUUAACUGCAAAUAAAGUCUCAAACCCCAUCCUAGUUUCUUCAGUACUAGUCUUCUCUUUCUUCCUUGCAAUUGUCUUCUAAAUUAGAGAACAAUGGCAAGGAUCAUCAUUCUUGUAAUGUUCAUGGCGCUUGGGUUCUUUCAUCAACACAAUCAAGUCAAGGCCUUUGAGCCUUCUGGAUGGAGUAAAGGCCAUGCCACCUUCUACGGCGGCAGCGACGCCUCCGGAACAAUGGGUGGUGCUUGUGGUUAUGGUGACUUGUACUCAACUGGUUAUGGAACCAGCACUACAGCUUUAAGUGUUGCCUUGUUCAACAACGGUGCCUCUUGUGGGCAAUGCUACAGGAUCAGAUGUGACUAUGAAUCAGACUCCAGGUGGUGCUUGAAGGGGAAAUCCAUAACAGUCACUGCUACAAAUUUAUGCCCAGCAAAUAAUGCUCUCCCGAACGACAAUGGUGGCUGGUGCAAUACUCCUUUGCAGCAUUUCGACAUGUCUCAGCCUGCUUGGGAGAAGAUUGGCAUCUACAAAGGAGGGAUUGUACCUGUUCUCUUCCAAAGGGUUCCAUGCAAGAAACAUGGUGGAGUAAGGUUCAAAAUAGGUGGAGUUAACUACUUUGAACUUGUUUUGAUACACAAUGUGGGAGGGAGUGGAGCAAUCAAGGCUGCAUGGAUCAAAGGUUCAAAAACUGAUUGGAUGCCAAUGUCCAUGAAUUGGGGGGCUAAUUGGCAAUCUAACGCCUAUCUUAAUGGUCAGUCUCUCUCAUUUAAGGUCACCACUGAUGAUGGAGAGACCCGUAUCUUCCCUGACAUAGCCCCAUCAAAUUGGACUUUUGGUCAAACCUUCUCUAGCACUGUACAAUUCUAAGUUCAACUAUAGCCUUGAGGUUCAAUUUUGGCAAGGCCUGCUCGUUAUGUGGGAAAGAAGGCAAUUUCCUUUUAGCUUCGGUUUAGUUGCUUCUUAGUCUUGUUUUUUUGAUUUGAUUUGAUUUGAUUUUUUUUGCAAUUUCCUCUUUAGCUAGCUUUGGUGUAUUUGCUUCCUAGUCUAGUCUGGGUUGAAACAACCCAUCAAUGAAACCCUUUUGGAUUCUUUUUUUUUUUU